AUGAAUAAUGAAACUCGGAAUUUAAAGGCCGGUUUUUACCUUGUGGGAAUUUCUGGGCGUCCUGAAGUUAAGAUUUUUCUUUUUAUUGUCUUCCUUUGUAUUUAUAUAAUUACAUUAUCUGGAAACCUCUUCAUCAUACUGCUCUAUAAAUUAAGUCCCGACCUCCAAAAGCCCAUGUACUUCUUUCUGGCUAAUUUUUCUGUUUUAGAAAUUUUUUACAUUUCAUCAACUUCUCCCAAAAUGUUGUCGGAUCUUCUAUCGGAGAGUCAGUGGAUCCCUUUCUAUGGAUGUGCUGCUCAGUUGUUCUGCGUCUUCUUUUUGGCCGGCACUGAGUUCUACCUUCUUGCAGCCAUGUCAUAUGACCGAUAUAACGCCAUCUGUCAUCCACUUUUAUACUCCAUCAUUAUGAAGAAGAGGACCUGCGUUCAGCUCAUUGCCGGGUCAUGGAUUGUCGGAGCGUCAAACGCUCUCACUCACACCACCUUCACCUUCUCAGUCCCAUUCUGCGAUUCUCAUAAACUUAACAGCUUCUUUUGUGAUGUCCCCGUAUUACUAAAGCUGGCCUGCAAGGACACGUGGCUCAAUGAACUUAUCGUCUUCAUUGUUGGUGGAGGAAUGGCUUCUGGUUCACUUAUACCGACAGUUAUCUCUUAUGUCAAGAUAAUAUCAACGAUCCUGAAGAUUAGCUCAAUGUCCCGGAGGAAGAAAGCCUUCUCCACCUGUACUUCUCACCUGAUCGUGGUCACAAUCUUCUAUGGAUCAGUCGCCUUUAUGUACUUGAGGCCCAGAUCAAGGUAUGGAAAGGAUGAGGACAAGUUGGUUGCUGUGAUGUACACGGUCAUUGCUCCUCUGUUGAAUCCAUUUAUUUACAGCCUUCGAAAUAAGGAAGUAAAAACUUCUGUUAGGAAAAUAUUUUACCGGAGUUUGUCCGAGUUUGGCCGUAUUAAUGAGAAACGGGGAUGAGUCUUUAUAAGUAAAUCAUUGGCUCUAUGGAGAACAAAAAGUCGUGCUCACUCCAUUACCGAUUACCAUCAUCUGUAUUGUAUUUCUGCCAAGGAUUACAGAGGAAGUAAACCCUGGUGGGGUUUACUUCCCCUUUUUCCCCCUGCAAAAUAAA